AUGCGGGCUGAUUCCAACCCGCGCAGACCGCGUCUGAGUCCGAGUCCCUCACAACUUCAGCCCGCACGGCCCGCGAGCAAUGCAGCAGCCCAACACGCGUCUCCCAGGCCCAUAUGCGAAAUUCUCGGCCCAACGACCAAUGUGCAGCCCAACAGCGUACUCCAAACGACCCAUAUGCAAUCUGGGGGGUCCAAACACCAUCAGACCAGUCCAGAUGCGGCCAGCAAGGUCCAAACCGGUUCAGUCCAGUCCAGAAGCUCCGGGUUUCAUCAACCGACCGUCGUGCAUAAAAAAUCAUUGGCCUCGGCCAAUAAGUUCGAUUUAUCGUCAUUCGUAAAGCACCGCAAUCGCAAGAAAAAAAUGGGCCCACAGAGUGAAAAUGAUAUCGACCCGCUUUACGGUGUGGAGAAGCGACUCGUGCCUUCGGGACCGAACCCAUUGCACCAUUGA